AUGGCCCGCAAAGUCAUAGCCGUAGUCACAGGCUCGAACCGGGGCAUCGGCGCCGGCAUCGUCGCCGCCCUCGCCCAGACCAAACACCCGAAAGGCGCCCUCGUCAUAUACGCCACCUCUCGCGCUGGCCAGAAGCAGGAAAUACCCACGCAAUACGACAACGAAGUGCGCUUCGCGAAGCUGGACAUCUCGGAUAAACCAGGCAUCAAGGACUUCCUGCGUCUGAUUGUCAAGGAGGAUCGAGCAGAAGGUGGCGGCGGCAAUGGUGUGGAGAUCUUGAUCAACAAUGCAGGCAUCAAUCUGAACCGUGACGAGACGUACGAGAGUGCGGAGAAGACUAUCGACGUCAAUUAUCGUGGUGUGCGGGACAUGUGUCAGCUAUUUCUCGAUGCAGGAAACAUGAAGGAUAACUCGAGUGCGCGGAUCGUGAACGUCAGCAGCACUGGCUCGAAGCUUGGGAUACAUGGGAAGGCGCUGCAAGAGCGUUUUCGUUCUGUCCAGACGGUCCAGGACGUCGAUGCCUUGGCGGACGAGUAUCUGAAGCUGUACAAGGAGCAGAAGCUGGGUGAUAGCGACUUUGGAAGUGGCAACAUCAGCUACCAGGUCAGCAAGGCGUGUGUGAACGCGUUGACGAAUGUACUGGCCAAGGAAUAUCAAGAAACUGGGCUCUUGAUCAACUGUUGCUGUCCUGGAUGGGUCGACACCGACAUGGGCAAGAUUGUUGGCCAGCCGUCGAAGAGCGUCGAGCACGGCGCAAGGAUUCCGGUGCGAUUGGCCAUUGAGGACAUCGACGGUGUUACGGGCGAGUAUUGGUCAAACGAUGGUGUCAACGACAGUGGCCACGGAAAAGUUCAACGCUGGUGA